UGGUUGUAGGAAAUUACAGAUUGGUACUGCGGCAGAGCUGUACGGGCUGGAGAGAAAACGCAACACGGUUUGAGUUUGGAGAUCAAUGGAUUUGUUUCGCCAUUCGUUGCAGUAGGAUAAACUCACGGCUGAAAAUGGGGAAAGCCGAAGAAGUCAUACGCAUUGGCAAGAAAUUGGACAAGAUGGUCAAUAAAAAAAGCACGGAAGGUGCUGUAGACUUACUAAAAGAACUGAAAAACAUUACUAUGUCCUUGGACACAUUACAGUCCACAAGGAUUGGGAUGUCUGUGAAUGCAGUAAGAAAGCAAAGCACGGAUGAAGAGGUGCAGACCAUAGCCAAAUCUCUUAUCAAAUCUUGGAAGAAACUGGUGGACAGUUCUGAAAACAAAGCAGACGAGAAGAAAAAAGAAUCUUCCUCACCAUCAUCAUCUUCCAAGAACAGCCCUCAGUCGGGCGACCAAAGCUCAAGCAAAAAACAAGAGGCAUCAAAGACCCCCAGUACCCCAACCACCCCAAAGGUCACUACAUUCCCAGCUGCUCCAGUUACAAUAGACAGUGUGCGCAACAAGUGCAGAGAAUUGCUGGUGGCAGCUUUACAAGUGGACAAUGAUUAUUUAGCAAUUGGAACUGACUGCAAGCAGUUGGCUGCACAGAUUGAAGAUUAUAUCUACCAAGAGUUUAAAAAAACAGACAUGAAGUACAAAUCCCGACUGAGGAGCAGGAUCUCGAACCUGAAGGACCAAAAGAACCCAGAACUCAGGAAGAAUGUUCUGUGUGGAAAUGUUUCAGCUCAACGCAUCGCCUCGAUGACCUCGGAGGAGAUGGCCAGUGCAGAGCUGAAGGAGGUUAGGAAAGCCCUGACAAAGGAGUCGAUCCGAGAGCACCAGCUGGCUAAGACUGGCGGCACGGAGACUGACCUAUUUCAGUGUGGAAAGUGCAAGAAGAAGAACUGCACCUACACACAGGUGCAAACCCGCAGUGCUGAUGAACCUAUGACCACGUUUGUUCUGUGCAACGAGUGUGGACACAGAUGGAAGUUCUGUUAGGACUUCAGUGAAGUUCAGCGUUGAAUGCAAGAUCAACUAUUGACAACAAAAAAAAAAUAGUAUUUUCAAUUGCAGUGAUGAUAGGAAAAGUACAUUGGUGAACAAUGUUAAAACAAAUUGUGCAUCUUUAAUGAGGAAUUACAUUUGUCAACUGGAUGGUAAAUACUUCCUUUGUCUUGUUUUUUAAAAAAACGAUCGUCUUAUUUCAACCAACAUUUUUUUGUUUUCUUUACUCACAGAAUGAUUUGCAUUGGUUAUUAAAGCAUAGUUAGAUUUUGUAACAUCAUGCAACACUGCCCAGUGUUGCAUGAUAAUAUCAAAGGUCCAGUACUGAUUUCUGUACUGAGGGAAACUUGGGCUGCAGAGUUCCGUUUCCUUUCAGUUCCAGUUCUUGUGUCACUCAAGUAGCCAAUAAUAAGUGUAGCUAAUAUUGAAUUGAAAAAGUACAUUUUGAUGAGAGCUAAAAACUUUACAUAAUCCCAAAUGGUGCACUUUGGAAGAAAAUGAAUGGUUUGAACUAGAAUUGCAAGUUUUUGAAUGGAAUAAUUCAAUUAUUUAGGUAACAUUUUUUUUGUUUGUUCGUUUUUCUUUUUCAAGGUACUGUGCCAGAUUUCAUUAAUAAAAUAUUGGUUACUAAUUAUUUUGCUUUGUCUUUCCCCCCCUUGUGAUGUUGCAGUAAUGUGUUACUAGUGAAUUACAAAAAUGAAUUAAUAAAAAUAAAAACAGGA